AUGGAAGUCACCGCAGUUCAAUCAAAGACUUCCAACCAGGAGCAGGUGAAGAGGGUGGCAUGCACACGGUGCCGUGCUCAGAAACUCAAAUGCGUCAAAUCAACACCGGCCUCAGCAUCCAGCAAGUGCGACCGCUGCAGCAAAGCAAACACCGAGUGCAACUAUGCCGCAUCCAGACCUGUCGGGAGACCAAGAACAAGCCAAUCUCAACGCGCACAUGGGGAAGAAUCGCGCAGCCCGAAGUCAUCACCGCAAAGUACGAUCACCGCGGACCACCUUCAACUUCAUCUCGACGACGAAUAUCUCAACACAUUUUUCGAGACAACAGAUUCGACGCUAGGUGCUCAAGGUUUCGACAUGUUGUACGGCGACCCGAUGCCUAAUCCUGAGCAAAGAGAAUGCCCGAGCCGAGACGCCAUCAACGAGCCAAGCCUUCUGACGCCACUGUCAAGCAACGGAACGUUCCCCUUUAUAAGCGACUCGAAUUCAUGCAUUGGCACUGUCUCGGCAGAAAGCUUGCCUCCAACAACAGAGGCAGAAUCAACGGUAGACCCGCGCAGAACCAUGCAGCACCUGGCAGAACUGGGCCUGGGUCUCCACCCGAAGAUUGCAAGAUAUCAGAAGGCGAGCGACGACGAGGUGAUGAGAGAUCUAGUCGGCGACGCACUGCAGAGCUCGACAGACUACCUCAACACGCUCUUGGUGCUGGUAGCAUCCUUCACGAAAACCCAGCCGGGUGUGGAUGGACAUGCUCCGCAGCUGGAUAUGCCAGCAGCGUUCCAGGUACUGAUCCCCUACGUGCGUUUGGUGCAGCUGCACAGCAUCAUGUUCGAGGCCAUCCUUCGACGUUUAACGGGGGCAGCGUUUGGAGGAGCACCACGGUCUCUGUUCCCCGACGUUUGGGUGGGUGGAGUGUGCGUUAACGCGGGAGGGCUGUUCAGGGAGCGGUUAGUGCUGCAGAUCAGUACGCACUUACUAGCCGAAAUCGAAACGGUGCUAGAGCUGCCGGACGAGGCGAGAAUUUGUUGCCCCGAGCCGGGCGGCAGUGGUGGAGGGCCCAAGGGCACGGCAGCGAAUGAGGCGAGAGCGCCCGGAAUCCUCCGGAAGGCGGUAUCUCCAAGACUGCUGAAAAUGAUUCUAGACGAGUGCGACAUGGGCAGCACUGACGUGCAAUCGGCGCGCGAGCGGAUUGCUUGCAUCAAACGCCUGCUCCGCUGUUCGCCGCUCUGA